GUUGCUGUGAUUCACGGUGAGCAGAAGGAUUCCGAAGAAUCGGGACUUGAAGAUGGUCGCCAAAGUCCUCCGCCCAAUUAUGCACCAUUCGAGCUAUUUCCUUCCCAGGAACCAAAACAAAAACCUCCUUUGACUGUUGUCGGAGAUGUUGGCGGACGUAUCGCUAUAAUGGUGGACGAUAUCAUUGACGAUGCCCAAUCGUUUGUGGCCGCUGCCGAGGUACUGAAAACUCGUGGAGCAUACAAGAUCUAUGUGAUAGCUACACAUGGUGUACUGAGCUCAGAUGCUCCUGCACUUCUUGAAGCUUCUCCGAUCACUCAGGUUAUCGUGACUAACACUGUUCCUCAUGAAGUCCAGAAAAUGCGCUGUCACAAGAUCAAAACCGUCGACAUCUCUCUGAUGCUUUGUGAAGCUGUUCGACGUAUUUAUCACAAUGAGUCUAUGGGACAACUGUUCCGUGAUAUUACUCUUGAUGACUAG